AUGGCCCAGACUCCAGAUUUUGUGGAUCACUAUGCCGUGUUGGGCUGUUCCCCGAAAUCUUCGCAUGCAGAAUUAAAACGUGCAUACCACGAGCAGUUGCGCGAGUAUCACCCGGACAAGAGACCGAACAGCAAGGAAGGUCGCGGCAAGAAGAUUACCGCAUCUCUGAAUCAAGCAUGGGAGAUACUUCAAGAUGAGCAGCGGCGAGAACAGUAUGAUCGUAUAUGGCAGAGCAGGAUGGAGGAGCCAGUUUCUGCCGCAGAUGAGUGCCGCCGCUCUGGAAACGAGCUCUACAGAGCGGCAUGCCUUCUUGCUCAAAAGCACAGUGAUGCCCAUGAAAAUGGUAUGACCUUCGGCGUUGGAGAAGGUUUGGACUGGGCAAAGCAAGCCUUGGAGAAGUAUCAAGCAGCGAUUGAGGCUUAUUCUCAAGGCUUGGAGGCUGCUCCAGGUGAUCACCGCCUGUACAACAACAGAGCGUUGUGCUUUGCUGCUUUGAAGAUGUGGGGAAGAUGCCAGGAGGAUGCUAAAGAAGUGAUUCGGCUGAAGCCUGACUUCAAGAAGGGAUGGUUCCUUCUUGCGAAAGCCUUGUGGAAGGAGGGUCGCCUAGCAGACGCCAAAAAGGAGUUGGAUGCCGGCCUUCAGAUCGUGCCCGAUUGCGCAGACCUACUUGAUCUGCAGGCGGAGAUCCAGAACUCCCUUGCCGAGCUGUCCGGCGGUCAGCAUCUUCCUUCUAUUCUGAUGCGCAGGGGCAGCGUCAGCAGAAAUGUGUCUCCAGUUGGAACGCCCCCACCAUCAUCAAGCUCUGUCCGUGUGCAGCCUCCACCCCCAAUCCACAAGCCGAUGCCGCCCAGAAGGCAGGCAUGCACGUCCCCCACUCCACCUGGUGAUGCCUCCGGUCUUGGACGAUCCCAAAGUUUGCGGUGCUUCAAUGAGAGGCAGGCCUCCGGCUCCAGAAUUCCUGGAGCCAAGAGCAGCUCGCUUUCGCCUCUGAAGCACCGACGUCUACGGCCGGACUUGGGAGACACGCUCGCAUCCUCGGGCCUGGAAGCUACUGCUCGAUUUGGAGACAGCACGGCAGACUUUGGUGAAAAGAUUAAGCUCUUCGCGAAUCACACCUCAGGUCUGUCUGGUGUCCACAAUGGUAGCAGAACAUUGUGGGAACUGGCUCAACUUGCUGGCAUCAGAAAAUCUGGUGCUGCAUGA